GCCGCCGGGACCCCCACCCCGACCCCGCCGGCCCCGCCAUGGCCCUGAAAGGCCGCGCCCUGUACGACUUCCACAGCGAGAACCAGGAGGAGAUCAGCAUCCAGCAGGACGAGGAGCUGGUGGUCUUCAGCGAGAACUCUCUGGAUGGCUGGCUGCAGGGACGAAACAGCCGCGGGGAGACCGGGCUCUUCCCGGCCUCGUACGUGGAGAUCGUCCAGCCCGACGCCGCCGGCACCGACCCUGCGGAGAAGCCGCCGGCCGGCCGCCCCGGCCGCCCCGCCAGCCCUGCCCCGGGCGCCCCGGUGGGUUUGUACAGCAGCCCCGGGGUCGCCAGCCCGGCCCGGAGCGGCGCGGGCUUGUACUCCAACCCGGGCAGUUUCGAGGAAGAUGACGAUGACGACUGGGACGAUUGGGAUGAUGGCUGUACGGUGGUGGAAGAGCCCCGGGCCGGCGGGCUGGGCACCAACGGGCACCCCCCGCUCAACCUGUCCUACCCGGGCGCCUACCCCGCCCAGCACAUGGCCUUCCGGCCCAAGCCACCCCUGGAGCGCCAGGACAGCCUGGCCUCUGCCAAGCGAGGCAGCGUGGUAGGCCGCAAUCUGAACCGCUUCUCCUGCUUCGUGCGAUCCGGGGUGGAGGCCUUCAUCUUGGGGGAUGUGCCCAUGAUGGCCAAGAUUGCCGAGACCUACUCCAUCGAGAUGGGUCCACGGGGCCCCCAGUGGAAGGCCAACCCGCACCCGUUUGCCUGCUCGGUGGAGGAUCCAACCAAGCAGACCAAGUUCAAAGGCAUCAAAAGUUACAUCUCCUACAAACUCACACCGACCCAUGCCAGCUCGCCCGUCUACCGGCGCUACAAACACUUCGACUGGCUGUACAACCGCCUGCUGCACAAGUUCACGGUCAUCUCCGUGCCACACCUGCCAGAGAAGCAGGCCACAGGCCGCUUCGAAGAGGAUUUCAUCGCCAAGCGGAAGCGCAGGCUGAUUCUCUGGAUGGAUCACAUGACCAGCCACCCGGUGCUGUCCCAGUAUGAAGGCUUCCAGCAUUUUCUCAGCUGCCGGGAUGAUAAGCAGUGGAAGAUGGGCAAACGCCGCGCCGAGAAGGACGACUUGGUGGGUGCCAGCUUUCUGCUCACCUUCCAGAUCCCUACAGAGCACCAAGACCUCCAGGAUGUGGAGGACCGCGUGGACAUCUUCAAGGCCUUCAGCAAGAAGAUGGACGACAGCGUCCUGCAGCUGAGCACCGUGGCCUCCGAGCUGGUGCGCAAGCACGUUGGGGGAUUCCGGAAGGAGUUCCAGAAGCUGGGCAGUGCCUUCCAAGCCAUCAGCCAUGCCUUCCAGAUGGACCCUCCCUUUAGCUCAGAGGCCCUCAAUCACGCCAUUUCUCACACGGGCCGGACCUAUGAAGCUGUGGGUGAGAUGUUUGCGGAGCAACCCAAAAAUGACCUCUUCCAGAUGCUCGACACGCUGUCUCUCUACCAGGGCCUGCUCUCCAACUUCCCUGACAUCAUCCACCUGCAGAAAGGUGCCUUCGCCAAGGUCAAGGAAAGCCAGCGCAUGAGCGAUGAGGGCCGCAUGGCCCAGGACGAGGCGGAUGGCAUCCGCCGGCGUUGCCGGGUGGUGGGCUUUGCCCUGCAGGCCGAGAUGAACCAUUUCCACCAGCGCCGGGAACUUGACUUCAAGCACAUGAUGCAGAGUUACCUGCGCCAGCAGAUCCUCUUCUACCAGCAAGUGGGCCAGCAGCUGGAGAAGACCCUGCGCAUGUACGACCACCUCUGACUGGGGGAGGGCUCCCCUCCCCAGGCCCCGUCACUGCCGUCCACCCCAUUCUAUCUAGCCAGGAGGCUCCAGCAUGGACGAGGCCCGGGGCCUCCUUACCUCCUGACAGAAGGGUCACUGGAGGAGUCCCGGGUCGCCCCUAGGGAAGUCCCGCCUACCAUGACGGGUCCAGGCUCCUCCAGGCCAAAGCCCAGGCUGCUGGUCAGUCACAUGGGCCGGGCCUCUUCCCCUCUCCCCGAGAUGCUCAUUCGGCGCCCACCCACUUCCCUGUUCUUUCCUGGACACUGCGGCCCGCUGUGGCUCUGGGGACCACAUGCCAGGCAUCCAGGCCGGGAUGGGGCUGGUCCUGCAGGAGUCCCCAUCCCAAGCAGGGGGCAGUGUCACACAGGGGGGCACCCAAAGAAAUGCACAUGCUGCAGACCUUCUGCAGGACGGGAUCGCCUCCAGGGAAUGGGGGACAUUCCAGCAGGGUCUUGGAGAAUGACAGGGACUCCGCUGGACAGUGAAUGAGGAGAAGGCUCUGCUUUACCUUUCUUUUCUUUUCUUUUUUGGUCAGAGACCAGGAUUCGAACUCAGUACCUGACGCAUUUGCUCAUUGGCUAGUUCUCUACCAACUGAGCCACGCAUCUGUUUCCUCCAUUAACUUUCCCAGAUCCCUUUAAGACUCCCUCUGGGGGGAUUCUGGCCUGUAAUGGCAGAAGGAAGGGCCCAUCUUUGGCUCCUGUGUCUUGGCUUUUUCUACCUUUACUCUGUCCCCUACAAGGGGGGCUGCUGGUCACCUCCUCUUUUGGUCUUCACUGCUGAGCCCCACCUUUUCUUGAUUUGGCUAGGAGAUUUUGUUGUUGUUGAUGAUGGUCCUGGGGCUUGAACUCAGGGCCUGGGUGCUGUCCCUGUGCUUUUUUU